ACGUGGGAAUAUUCGCCGACGUAUGCAAUUAAAAGCUGGGCUUAUAUUCAAUUACAUGCACUUAUUGGCAAUGCUUUUAACUUUUUAUUCAAUCACGAUAAGGUUAAAGUAUUUUACGCCAUACGCGUGAUUUUCGCUGUGAUUUGCUCAAUUUGUGAAACGUUAUUCUAUCGCUCAGCAGUAAAUAAUCUAGGCCCACGUGUCGGCCGUUAUUUAAUACUCACAAUGUUGAUUAGUGCUGGGAUGUGGAAUGCUUCAAUCGCGUAUCUCCCCUCGACUUUUGCAAUGUAUACAACUAUGAUAGCAUUUUUUUAUGCUCUUAAGCCGGUAUCAACAACUUCUGGAGGAAGAAUUUAUCGUACAAUUUUUUGGGUUGGUCUAGGAUCUCUAUUAGCAUGGCCUUUUAGUGCAGCGGUUGGUAUACCUGCAGCCAUCGAAGAAUUGGUUCUUCGAACCGCCGCGCUCAAGAACAGAUUUGAGCGAAUAAAACGAUUGAUA